AAUUCUGUGGUGCGGUUUGAAAACUUGGAAGUGAAGAGCGAGCUGGAAAAUUGUAAAAAGUUGACUGGAAAGUUACAAAAUGGCGGCUGUCACCGACGAUGACAUUAUACGAAGGAGACUUUUGAUUGAUGGUGAAGGUGGAAAUGAUGACAAGAGGCUCAACAACCUAUUGAAAACAUUCAUUCGAUGGUCACAUUUAAAAGAUGAUGAUGAAAACUCUCAAGCUAUGUAUCAGCGUAUGCAAGCAAUGAUUGCUCAGUGUGAGUACACUGUGGAGAAGGCCAUGAACACAUAUGAGAUGAAUAAACAGGAGCAAGACAACUAUGAGAAGCUGAGACAAGACAUUGAAAACAAAAUUGAAGAUGCCACAGCUAAAAUAACAGAAGCCAAGGCAGAGCUGCAGCUAGCCAAGUGCAUCAGGAAAAAUCGUCAAGAGUAUGACAACCUGGCUAAGAUCAUUCAACAGCAGCCUGACAGACAAGAGACUACCCGUCAACUCCAGACCCUUGGUAAAGAAUUGUCCAGUCUUGCAAGUACAAAGCAACAGCUAGAAGAAAAGCUGGAGUUGAGGAAGAAGCAGUUUAUGGUACUCAUUACAUCCAUUCACGAGUUACAGAGAAUCUUGGAAGUGGAUGAGCAGAAAGAGAAGGAAGAAAGUAAAGAGGAAGACAUGGAUUCAACAACCACAUGACGUGAUUUUCACUAACGUCUUGUGAAUGUCAUUGCCAUUUUGUAAAUAAAAUUCGCCUGCAUUAUUUUA